UGAUGAGCGUUGUCACGCAAUCUUGUUAGCAACAAGUUGCACUUCGCCGUGUUCGCGAGUGCUUGAUUUUAGGAGAAAAUCCACAAAUUAGAGAUUACCAUGCCUCUUUAAGACAAAGGACGACAAUAACAUCGAGUACUAAUCUCAUUCGAACUCGUGAUGUCUGGUAUAAAGCGAUCUGGAAUACCCGUUCUAGGGGCAAAAUCUAGCAUUCCAACAGUCAAAAAGCAAAGAGAACAAUCUACUACAAGAAACACGAAAACUACUGCUAAAUCUGGCAUUCCUUCGCCUGGAAAUAGUAUUAAGAAGAGUCCUAUCCCUACACAACGAAUAGGCAGCAUUGCUUCGUCGGAGGAUGAGAUAGCGAGGUUGCAACAGCAGAUUGCAGAGAGAGAUGAAGCUCUUCGUGAGAUGAGUAUUAAAUUUGCUAAAAAGUCUGAAGAGUGUAGUGAUCUGCUGGAUGAGAGAGAUGCAGUUAGAAGACGAAACUCUAUGGAUUUACAGCAGGUCACAAAGGAUUACGACGAACUCCAACAAAAACUGAAAGACCAACAGAAAUACAUCGCAGAUAUGGAGGCCGGUCAUGCCCAGGAGAAAGAGGGUCUACAGCUUGAGCUCGAUAUCAUGAAAGGCGAGCAUGAGAUGGAAAUCACGAUGCUUAAAAAGGAGAUCCAAGCAGAGCGCGUUAGACUAGAGCAAAGAAAGGCAAAGCUGGAUGUCGCAGACGAUGCUAGUGAUACAUCGUCGCGCGGUCCGUACCCCGCAGUGGAAGCUAUACAAGAGCAGAUGUCAAGCCUUCAGGCCAAUUACGAGGAAGAGAUUCAAACUGUUAAGGAGCAGCUACAAGAGCAAAUGCUGAGAGCGAACGAAGCCGUAGAAAAAUAUGAACAACAGGAGUAUCAGUUUCACGAAAACUUGAAUGAAUUGAAGAAUACUUUUGCACAAGAACAGGAGAUGAUGAGAGAGGAGCAUCAGCGGGAAAUGUCGACAUUGAGAGUGAGUUAUGAGGAAAGGCUGAAACUCCAGGAAGAGCGUCAUCACUUAGACCAAGACAUGAGUAGUCCAAGGAGCACCGACAGCGCGGUUAAAGCCUUGAAAGAGGAGAACGAGGCGUAUAUAGAAGCCCUGAAGGAACAAUAUAGUCAUGAUCUUGAGGACUUGAAGCAAGAGUUGAGUGCUAAAGAUGAGGAGAUUCUACAAAAGGAGGCGCAGAUGGAAGAUGAUUUGUUACUCAUGCGGAACGAGUAUGAAUCGCAGGUAAGUGCGCUCCGGGCUGAGAUCGAGCGUACAAAGGAAUCAGGCAAUGCAGCGCUCAAGGAUGCCAUGGAAGAGUUGCAGAAAUACAAAGCUGAAGUAACGGAGAAAGGCGACUUAGAGGAAAUCAGGGCCCAACACAUGAAGGAAAUUGAAGAGAUGCAAGUAUUACAGUGUAAAGAGAUCGAAGAUAUCAAAGCCACCGCUCAAAGCAGAGAUAGUGGGGACGGGUCCGUUGCAAGAAAAGAAAGUUUAGAAAAUGUAGCUCAACUAAAGCAACAGUUACAAGCUUAUGAGCAUGAGAUACGCAACCUUAAGGCCGAGCUCAAGAACCAGAAGCAUGGGUUUACCGAGUGUAAGCAGUCACUGGAAAGCGCGAUCACUGUGUUGGAGGGAAGAAUAAAAGAAAGAGAGGAACAAGUACGCAAUGAGCUGCACGAAGAGCACCAGUACCUUAUGGAAAACCUGAAAAAGGAACACUUCGAAGAGGUAGAGAAUUUGAAGCACGAACACGCAGCGGAGCUCGACCAUCUUCACGAAACGCUAGAAAGUGUUCAGAUGGAGAACGGAGAGCUUCAGACGGAGUUUGAUCUUGUUGUAAGUGACUUGAACUCUGAGCUGGAAAAUAAUAAACUAAAGGCUCGAGUUGAUCGACGCAGAGGGUCUGGAAUACUCAAGGAACAAAUAGAUAAACUCAAAGACACCAAUGUUGAAUAUGUACAUAAUCUACAAGAUGAGAUAGAACGAUAUAAAUCAAAGAUAAAUGAUUUAGAAAAAGAACUCGAAUUAAAAACUAGUGAAAAGCAAAAUGUGGAUUACCACGAGAAAAUUGCUGAGCUGGAAAAGCUUGUUCAGAGUCUUGACGCUCGUCCGAAUAACACGAAAGAACUGGAGGAAUAUAAGGCAGAAUGUGAAAUCCUCCAGGAUGAGGUUGCGCAGUAUCGCCGUCUGAGCGACGAGGAUCGGCAUAGACUUGAUGAGUAUAAAGCUUUCGCUAAGCAACUACAAGACAAUUUGGAUAAGAUAUCCUUGGAGAAGUUACAACAGUCCCAAGAGCAUAGCAAGAAAAUAUCUGAUCUUGUUAAACAGCUACAUUCGUUCAAUAAAGAAAAAGAAAAGGAGAGAAAGAAGUGGAAAGAUGAACUCACAGCUCGUGAAAAAGAAAUAACGGAAAUUAAAAAGAUGAACGAAACAUUAACACAGCAGGAAAAUGAUAACAAGAAAAAGAUAAAUAACCUCGAUGGCCUUAUUGGUACGUUAAACGAAGAUAAGAAACGGUUAGAGUUAGAGAAUCAAAAGUUGCGCGUUGAUGUCGAGGAGGCCUGGAAUGCGCAAAGACAAGAGAGUGAGAGCUUAGCAGCAGACAGUUUUGUCGUCUCAGAGGAAAAUACAGACCUGAUUCGUGACGAUGCUCCGUUGAACACGGAACAGCUCAGGUACGAUCAGGGUAUGAAGGGAGUCGUCGAGGAACUGGAGAACAAACUCUCAAAGUUGCAGGAGAAAUUGGAGCAGUCAAAUCAACAGCUCGCUGCAAAGAGCAAGAGGAUUGAAUCUUUGAAUGCGGAGAUGGGUGUAUUGAGAGAGAACCUGGAGGACGAAAGAACUGUCGUGCAGAAUCUAGAGGAUAGAAUUGGAGGAUUGAUUCAGAAACAUGACGUCGAGAUAAAUCAGCUGAAAGAGAAGGCCAAAGAGCACCAGGCUUCAACCGAUGAAGAUGCAUCGGCGAUUACCAGUAAGCUCAGACACGAUCUAGAGGAAUCGUUGCGCACGAACAGUAAAAAGACUGAAGAGGUUUUGGAACUUCAAGAAAAACUGGAACUUAUUCAGCAGGAGUUUCAUCGUAGGAAGAGUUUGCUUUUAAAAGAACAAAGCAAAAGCUCCGAGUUAGAAAAGAAAGUGUUGGAACUCGAAAACCAGUUAAACUUUAAAAUAAAAGAGUUAGAGGUGUUUGAACUGGAGCAAAUAGAGCACGAGGCAAGCUCUGUAGCGGAGGAAUUGAAGAAGACUUCAUUAAUUGAGCAAAGCAUAGAUAAGUUAGAAAGAGAUCUUCGACUGAAGGAUGAAGAGCUGGCAAAAGUUACGCAAAAUAGGGUUGCCUUCGAGGCUAACAGCCUUGCCCAACAGUUGAAAGAAAAACAAGCUUACGAAGUGCGAAUAGAAACACUAGAAAAUAACUUAUUGUCUAAAACAGCUGAGAUGGAUAACCUUCUAUCAAAGAUUGAUACAGAGCGUUCGGAGCAUACAAGGAAAGUUGCUGAGCUUGAUUCACUUGUCGUGCAGCUAAAACGAGACGACUCAGAAGGAAAACAGAUACAAGAACUUGUCAACGAAAUGCAGACUAGCAAAGCAGAGGUAGAAGCUCUUAACUCAACUCUGGCUUCGGAGAGAAUUGAACACUCAAAACUGUCUAAAAAUUUUGAGAAAGAAAAAGGCAGGAUGGAAGCAGAAGUUAAGAGCUUGACAGAAAUGAUCGAGAAGGAGAGGAAUGGGCACGCCCAAAAAAGGGGACAACUUGAACGAGAGAUUGACAAAGGGCGGGCAGAGAUCAAAGAACUUGGUUCACUUCUAGAAACAGAGCAGUCAAGCCACGAGAAAACCAUCAAAGACACUCAAAAGCAUUUAUCGAGAAUGGACCGUGCAGACAAAGAGAAUUCUGAAUUAAAACAAGAGCUGGCCCUACUAAAAACCAAGCUGAAAAAAGUCAAGGAGGAACUCGCACGACAGAGAGAGCAAAACACUGAUCUGUUGUCAAGAAGUCAGAAAAUGAUGGUAGAUGAGUUGGAAGUGCAAAAACUAAACAAUUCACUUACUGAGGCGGAGAUCCACAAGGGUAAGCUAUUAGGGGAAGUUGAGAGCACGAGACAAGAGCAUCAAAAGAUGCAAGAGAAGUACAGCAAGGUGAAAGAUAAGCUGUUGUCGACCAAGCAGAAAUGGCGCGAGGAUCACCAAAAGUUAGAAAGCUUAUUGACAAGCCCUCGGGUGGAUAUGGGGUUACAGACGAGUAUAAUAGAUACCAGCGUGGUGGAUGAGGUUAGCAGCCAGUUGUCCAUGUCGCGCCAAAGGAACGAAAAGCUGGAGGAGGAGCUAAAAGACACAAAGGAGGACGUGCAGCGUAGAAGAAGUGAUAUGUCAGCGUUAAAACGGGCCAAUGACGUUCUUAUCAAACAAAACCAGACUCUGUACCUAGAAACGGAGAGCCUGAAAGCUACCAUCAACGAACUCUCAGAGAAGUCGGCCCAGCUUCGCGAAGUUUCGAUUCAUCUUACAAAAGAGAACGAGAAGUUGACUACAGAGAACGAUGACAUCAAAACGCGGCUUGAGCACACGGAGAAAGAGCUGAGGAAAACUGAAGGCGAAAGGUCAUCAGUUUAUGCUCUGAACGAGAGCUCCAGGUCUGAACUUGAAGAGUUUAAAAACAUGAACAAUAACUUCAAAGACGAGAACGAUCGUUUAAAGAAUCAGAAUGAUUUCCUUUUAUCACAAGGUAAGAGACUGCAAGCACGAGUGGAUGAGCUGGAACAAGAGCUUGGAAAAGUCAAGUCCUUGUUAGUUGAGAAACAGUUAAAAAAAGAGAUAGUCGUCGAGAGCAUAAGCAAAACAUCAGAUAUCAACUUGGAGUCAUUUCCCAACAAUGACAUACAACCGCUUAAUGAGAGUUUAAUGAUGCAGCAGAAUGUGAAGCAAAUGCAGGAAUUACUCAACAUCAAAGACAUGGAGCUGCGGAGGGCACAAGAGGAGAAGCAAGCGCUAGUCGAUGGAUUUUCUCAGGAGAAAAAUGAACUUGCAUCACAACUUCAAACACUGAAGAAUCCAAUAGAAAGCAGCACGCCACGCGGUGGGAAGGGCUACGUUGGUAUCAAGAGCUAUCAGGUGAUUGAGUGGGAUCGCCAGCACAAUCCCACUCCGCCAGCCGAGGUGAUAGCACCCGUCACCUCUCCGGAUGUGUCGGUCGCGCGUGAUCCUAUACAGGGCCUUCAAGUCGCGAAGGCAAAAGAACUGGACUUUGACACUAGCGACUACCUGGGCUCCGCCUAUUGGGAAGCGAUGAGCUUUCUUAAAACUAUGGCACCAGACAAGUGAAUUAUUUGAUGCGUGUAAUAGAAAAUUGAACUACUGUAAAAAAAAAUGUAAAAAUAAUAAUAUAGCUCCACCGGGGCUUGAUAAAUCUUAUUUUUUGUGAUGUGAUCCAUACUCUGUGGUCAGUAAGGGAACUUUUAAGCCUUUUCAAAAACAUGUUGCUGUUAAAAAAACUGUUUAAAAGUUAUUGUUUGUGUACCCUAAGCCCCUAUAUUAUUUUCAUAAUAAAAUAAUGCAUACAUA